AUGGAGCAGGAAGAUUGUGAUACGGACCCAUUCUCGAGUGAGGAUCUGUGGAGGCUAUCGAAGUUCACUCUGCAAUCGCUGCAACCACUAGAACCACUGCCAUGGAACGAAGAGUUGCCAGAUCUGACCGGGGGCUUCUUCAGGAGCCCUCUAGAAUCGCUUAAUGAAGAUUGUUUUAGUUCACGCCAGUUGAAUCUUUUCCAAACCGAUGUAUUCGAUCCAGACUUGCUACCGGAAUCAACAACCGAUGCAUCAAGCGAAACUCAUGCCGAACCGAGCAUUGCACGCUCCGAAACAGGCGAUGGAUCAGAGGAUAUCUGGGCAUUGGAUAGUUUGGAUGUCAAAAUUGACAGCAAAGGAUUAUUGAAGACGUGGGAGAGUUGUCAAAACCGAUUGUAUCAUGAACCCGCAUCCGCAUAUUUUAGUGAAUCGGGGUCUAGAGGAUUCGAUGCAGCGUUGGCAAACCAGGCUGCAGUGAACGGGCUCGGGAAACCAGGCCGUGUGGCUCGAAAUGAUGUCUUUUUCCGGUCCCUGUUCCGACUUGGUCUUGGUUGGAGCUCAUUGUUUUUCCGGUACGAUAGGGAACGCCAAGUGUUCGAGCGUGUAUUUGAUGGCAUUCGCCUCUCGGGUGUUAGUGUCGUUGCACUUAAUGGCUUGACUGAUGAGAUGAUACGAUGCGGUACAGAUAUGCAGCGGGUGCGAAACUUCGUUGGCAAAGCUCCACCCAAGUCAACUAAACUCUCGGCUCUUUCUACACUUUCGAGCGCCGUAGCCGUCGUCAUUUACAUCGUUGAAAAGAGGCUUCUCGUGUAUGCUGACAAUAUAGUGUCCCUCAUCCAAAUUAGAUCCAUGUUUCAACGAUGCGCUGAAUUAGUUGGUGUUUUGGCAGACCUGAUCGAAGCUGUUGAAGGUGUUGUCUCGGAUGCUCAGAUAUUCUCCAUCGUGCUUGAAAAGGCCGCUCAUUUUUCACAAAGUUUCGGCCAUAUGGAGGAUCUCUUCCGUGAGAUUGUUAUCCGGACAGUGUAUCCGUUUCUUGCACAUGUGGAGACUUGGAUUGGCCUCCGCUUGGAGGCGUCAACAUUGAAAGAGCUGGCGGCAAAUGGCAGAAGCUUUGUGGCUUUGGAGCGCUCAGAAGAAAACCCGAAGACGAUAUCUCAAAUAACAAGGCUUGACUACAGAUAUAAUCCCACUCAGAUGCCAUCGUUCAUUCCUGCAGGCCAAGCAGAGUUAAUUUUCGAAAGUGGGCGAAGCCUGCGCCUGCUUAAACGAUUCCAUCCACAACAUCCAAUUGCGAGUUACGGAGUUUGCAACGGCGACGUCCCCAGGCUCAGCUGUGCUAGCACAUGGGCAGACAUUGAAAGGAUACAGCACAAAGCAAAGACCUACGAGAACAAACUACGGUCCGAAAUUCUCAAGUAUAACCGUGGUGAUCCCUCUGCCAAGAGAAACCUGCAAAUCGAUUCCCACCCUUUUGCCCAUAGUGAGGCUAGUGAUACACUCAAAGAUACUUUCGACCUAUUUGACAUCGAUGACGCGCAAAACACGACUGGAUUGCUCGCAGACCAAUCCUUUAUGGAGAAAGACGAGCUCUCCCGAUUGAUUGACCAAGGGAACGGCAAGGGUCUUGGGGUGCCCGAGGAUCAUAGGUGUAGUUUCGGCCCAGAGUUAGCUUCCGCCCUCUAUCUCUCUCUUGCACCACUUCUUUCGUCCCAGGCGUUGUUGAUUGACUAUUCUUGUCUUCACUUGCUGUUCAAGGAGCACAAGGUCCGGUAUCAUCUAGCUCUGCAAUGGCGGUUCCAGCUUCUUGGGGAUGGCUUUUUCACGUCUCGCCUGUCGCAUGCUCUCUUUGACCCGGAGAUGCAAAGCGGCGAGCGAAAAGCUGGUGUUGUUCGUAGCAGUGUCCACACUGGUUUGCGGUUAGGGAGCCGUGACACUUGGCCUCCUGCAAGCUCAGAGUUGCGAUUAGUGCUCAUUGGGCUCCUUAAUGAGUGCCACGGCUUUGAUGAUCGCCCAGACAGCUCAACGGGUAAUGAGUCCCGCAAGGAGAGAGAACUUCCUGGCGGCCUCAGUUUUUCAAUUCGAGAGUUGACUGAUGAAGAGAUUACCAAAUGCAAGGACCCCAAUGCAAUCGAGGCUUUGGAUUUCCUACGCCUCCAAUAUAAACCAUCAGAUGUCCUGGAAGCUAUCAUUACGUCGCAAUCGCUUAGCAAAUACGACCGUCUUUUCAAGCAUCUGCUUCGACUCCUCCGAAUGGUUUCGGUCGUCAAAGGUCUCAUUCGUGAUUCUACGGAGAGAGAAUCCCUAUCUGGGGAUCCUAGAAACGUGUACCAGAAAUUCCGCAUUGACUGCCAACAUUUCGUUCUUGCAUUGAGUGAUUAUUGCUUUCAUGUCGGCAUUGGUUCGACUUGGCAGCGGUUCCAAGAUAGCUUGGCAAAGAUUGAACGUUGCCUUGACCGCGGUGAUAUUGAUGGCACGAUAGAAGCAGCUGAUUCUGUUCCUAGACUUAGAGACUAUCAUGAAGAUAUUCUCGACCAAAUGCUUUUUGCGCUUUUCCUCAGCAAAAGACAUGCUGAUGCAGCGAAGUUGCUGGAAAGUAUUUUCGGUACGAUUUUAACAUUUGCUCCACUGUCGAGGAUGGAUGGAACAAGCGGCGUGCGCCACGAAAGUGAAGCUAUUGCCUAUCAGUUGUAUGCCACAUUCCGGAAGCAAACAUCCCUUUUCGUGAGUUAUCUGCGCAGUUUAGAUGGCGUGAAAGCAUCAUCGAAGUCUUUUGGCAGGUCCAGCACCACUUUUGCAUCCAGAGAGGCGCCUACAAGCGUAUUUGACCACCUCCUGGCGCGCUUGGAUAUGAGAAAAUAUUACUGA